AUGACAGAGCCAGAAAAUAACAGCGCCCCUCAGCAGGGCAGCGGUAAUCGCAGCAGCAGCAGCAGCACGAGCAGCGACAGCAGCAUGUCCAUAAACAGCAACAAGUGGGAGGGCGCAUCCACCGACGGCGAGGCCAUCCCAACCCCCGACCUCGUCGACACUUCCCCCGAGGACGACAUCCACGACAGCCCCGAUGUCCAGUCGAACGCCGAUACCGUCGAGCAUGGCAUCGAAACACCGACUCUCGGCCCAUCGCCGGCCCCGAAGAGCCCCCGUCUCUCGCGCAAGUCGUCCUUCUCCGGCAGCAGUUCGUACCAAGAGGACUUUGAUCCUCUUCCGCCGCUAGAGCGCUUGGGCGUGCUCGACCUGCUCGACAACCUCGCCCUGACGCAACAGCUCGAGAAGAUCCAGCGUGGCAUCUCUGCACAGAAGGAAAAGGUUCGCAGAUCCAAGGAAGCCCUCGAGCAUAAGAGCCGCCUGGCUCGCGAUCGUAUGGUCGACGAGUGGCGCCGUCGCAUCCCCUCUGCCGAAGAGCAACUGGAGCGCUAUCGCAAACGAAUGCGCGCUAGUGUCGAGAAGGUUAGCCGUCGCUGGAAUGAUACUAAAUCCAUCACACUGCGCGAAAAGAUCUCGUUCAUCUGCGGCGUGAUGAACAUCUUCAUCUCCGGCUACCUAAUUGGCGGUUGGCCCGAGAUCUUCCAUAUCUGGUACACCGUCCAGUUGCUCUACUUCCUGCCGAUACGCUUCUUCGACUACCGCCGGCGCGGUUGGCAUUACUUCCUUGCCGACCUCUGCUACUUUGUUAAUAUGCUUCUGAUCCUUAGCAUAUGGCUCUUCCCGCAGUCAAAGCGGCUCUUCCUGGCUGCUUACUGUCUUGCCUACGGCAACAAUGCCAUCGCCAUCAUCAUGUGGCGCAACUCUCUAGUUUUUCACUCAAUGGACAAAGUCACUUCGCUCUUUAUCCAUAUCAUGCCUUGCUCCACGCUCCAUUGCAUCGUCCACCUUAUCCCCGAAACCUUCCGCGCCGCGAGAUUCCCCGCCGUUUACGCCAUCCAAACCUCGCCGCCAGGCACGAAACCCUCCUCCUACACGAACCUGCUCUCCAUGCUCGGCUGGUCUACCCUCCCCUACGCCUUCUGGCAACUCCUCUACUACAUCUUUAUCACGGUCCGGCGCCGUGACAAGAUUGCAGCAGGCCGCCCCACCUCGUUUACCUGGCUGCGCAAGUCCUACAGCAAGGUCUGGAUCGGCCGGGUGGUGCUCUCUCUGCCAGAAGUCCUCCAGGAACCAGCCUUUAUGAUGAUCCAGUACAUCUACGCCGUGCUCACCAUGCUUCCCUGCCCCAUCUGGUUUUAUCACCGCUGGGGCUCGGCAGCUUUUCUGAUGGUCGUGUUUGGCUGGUCGGUAUACAACGGGAGCACGUACUAUAUCGAUGUGUUUGGACGGAGGUUUCAGAAGGAGUUGGAGGCUAUGAAGGCGGAGGUUGCGAAGUGGCAGAAUAAUGGUGUGCCCGAGGGCGGGCCAGGUAUGGUGAUUGGUAGUGGCAAUGGGACGUCGGAGGCUGCUACGGAGGAGGGCAAGAAGGAGGAGGAGGAGGAGGAGGCUGCUGGUGCGAUGUCGGGCAGUGUGCCGGAAAAGGAUCCGCCUAGCAGUGAGGAUGGUCAGCGCCCGGCUGCUGUCGUGGCCACGGGUGCUGAGACUAGCAGCGGAGAGCCAAGGGAGAGGAAGCCUCAGCCCGUGGCGACGCAAGGGGAGUCAUAG